AUGCAACGGCUGCUGAGUUCGGGGGUACGAACCGCCGACGGCGAUGCCGCCGACUUCUUCUUCAUCCCGCUGGUCAUGCGCACCAAGGGCCAGUCCGCCAACCACCUGACGGCGGUUGUGUCGUACAUUCAGCAGCACUGGCCCUGGUGGGGCCGUUAUGGGGGAGGUCACAGGCAUCUGCUGGUGGUACCGGCCGAUCUGGGCCGCCGUAUGCUUCCCGAGGAACUUCUCAAGCUUGUUGAGAAUGUGACCUUCCUGACUCACUGGGGCUCGCACACCAAUCACAGUGAGGGCGCCUGGGUGGAGUCGCACCGGCCAGGAAAGGACAUCGUUGUUCCACCGCUGCACAACGCAGACGAGCCCAUUGUUUUUUCGCCGCUGCACACGCUCCACAGCAAGCGAAGGCGGCAGCGGACAAGUGGCCUGUUCUUCUCCGGGCGCAUCUGCAGCGACGGCAGCGAGCCUCAUCGGGGCCGCUGCCGCACAAACUCCCAGGGCAACGUACGACACAAGGUUUUGAAGCACCAUUGGAACCGCACCACAUGGACCUUGACUACACGUGCCAAGGCCUACGCCUCGGCGCUCUCCUCCCACACCUUUUGCCUUUCGCCGGGUGGCGGUGGUUACGGGCGCCGCAGUGUACAGGCGGCCGUCAUGGGCUGUGUGCCCGUACUAAUCGGGGAUGGCCUGCACCAGCCCUUCGAACCAGAGCUCGACUGGUCCCAAUUUUCCAUGAGCGUGCCUGAACAAGACAUACCCCAUCUGCACACCAUCCUGGAAUCGAUGAACAGCUCGACGAUUGCGGCCAUGCAGGAGCAGCUCCGAUGCGCCGCACAGCACCUGUAUUACAGCACCACCUUUGGGGAGGUGAUGGGCGAGGACGGAAGAUACGACGCGUUCGAGACGCUGAUGGAGGUGCUCCGCAUGCGGCGGGACCAUCCCUCCCUGGACCCCAGUGAGUACGCUCGGACGGACAGCAGGUUCGCCGACUUCAUCAACUGCAAGCUAGAGCCCACGGGGGGCCCAGUCUCGCUGUGCACACAAAACAGGAUGAUCAUGGCCGCCGAUGGGCGGAACCUGCGGCCCUGUCGCCUGGAAUUCCCUGGGCUGUCAAUGCGGAGCAUGCACAUGUUCUACAGCUGGCCGGGAGGAGCCGUUUGCGGCAGCAACAGGAGCGUGGCGGCCUGCCCGCGCAGCUGGGUUUGA